UUGUUGUCCUCCUUUUCCUUCAGAUGAGGCAGACAGAUGGGAACCAAUGCAGUUCAAAUCCUUGUCACUAUGGUGGCCACUGUAAAGAUGGAAUUGGUUCCUACACUUGCACGUGCUUGGAUGGUUAUCAAGGCAAGAACUGUGAAUUUGUCAUACCAAAGUUCUGCAGAAUAAACAACGGGGACUGUGAGCAGUUCUGCAGCGUCAGGAGAGAUGGACAGAAGGAUGUAGUGUGUUCCUGUGCAGAUGGGUAUGUUCUAGCAGAGGAUGGCAAGCACUGUGUUGCAACAGUAAAAUAUCCUUGUGGAAAAGUUUUUGAGGCAAGGAACAAAAGGUCUGUUCUUUCACCUGCUGACUCUAACAAUGGAACGAGUGAUCAGGGAGAAUCUCCUGCAAAUGAAACAAGUGCAGAGGAGAACUUUGCAAUUACCACAGAAAGCCCAACCCCUCCACCUGACAACAGAACAAGCAGCAGGAAUCCAUAUGCCACUGCCAGGAUAGUUGGUGGGGAUGAGUGUCUUCCUGGCCAAUGCCCAUGGCAGGCUGUUCUGUUAGAUGAGGAAGGAGAAGAGUUUUGUGGUGGAACUAUUCUGAAUGAAAAUUUUAUACUUACUGCAGCUCACUGCAUAAACCAAUCCAAAGAAAUCAAAGUUGUUGUAGGUGAAGUGGACAGAGAGAAGAAAGAGCAGUCUGAAUCAAUGCACACUGUGGAAAAAAUACUCGUUCAUUCCAAAUUUAUUGCUGAGACUUAUGAUAAUGACAUCGCCUUAUUAAAGCUGAAGGAACCCAUCAGGUUUUCAGAGUACAUCAUCGCAGCGUGUCUCCCCAAAGCAGAUUUUGCUAAUGAAGUUCUGAUGAACCAAAAAUCUGGGAGGGUUAGUGGCUUUGGGCGUGAAUAUGAUGGUGGAAAACUCCCCAAAAAACUGAAGGUGCUUGAACUCCCCUUUGUUAAUACGACCACUUGCAAGCAAUCCACUAACUUUCCAGUAACUGAGAACAUGUUCUGUGCUGGUUAUGACUCAGAGGAAAAAGAUGCUUGCCAAGGAGACAGUGGUGGCCCCCAUGUGACCAGAUAUAAGGAUACUUAUUUUGUUACUGGAAUUGUUAGCUGGGGGGAAGGAUGUGCAAGAAAAGGCAAAUAUGGUGUCUAUACCAAACUGUCCCGGUUCUUGCGCUGGGUAAGAACAGUCAUGAGUUUGUAGUGGUGAUGUGUGCCUUGAUCCUUCUUGUUGGCUGACAAGGUGCAGAACUGGGAACGGAAACUUUCUUUUCCUGCACAUCUGCUAAGAUUGUUUUGAGGUCUGAUUCCUUAAAGUUAUGGUCUGCUUCCAUUUGUAUUACUGCUGACUUUAAAUCACAUCUCUGUAGUCUGUGGAAGUGUUUGGAAUUGGUUGAAUGAGGGAAUUUUCCCAAGCAAAGAGGCUGCUGAGUGGUGUCUUUCACUUUUUUUUGCUAUUCUUUUUUGUUUUUAUUAUCAAUGGCCUAUUUGGUUGCUGUGUGCUCCUACCAGAGGCUCCUAAACAUGCUCUGAACAGUCACUAAUCAUGAUGAAAGCAGGAAGGAUGGGUGCCAGUCAAUCCUCACAUUGCAGCCAUCUGGCACAGCAGGGAAUCUGGAAUCCAUCCUUUGCUUCUUCCUUUAGAUGUGCUCAGAAGAUUAAGGGAGCAGAGGAUCUUGCAUGGCAAAAGCUGAGACACAAUUAGUCAAUGUUUGAUGCAAAAUAACCACAUGUUCCACAAAAUGGCCUGAUCUGAUCACAGCACCUCAUUAAAAAGGGGUUUUGCUUUAUAAGGAUUAUACUUUAAUUUUAUUUGUACAUUCUGCUCAUCAGAAAAAUACAUGUGCAUGGUCACUGUUUUGCAUAUCUUGUUCAGGAUUGUUUAUGGCUGAAGAUUGGAAAGCUCCUUGCAAGUGUAUUGUUCAAGAUGUUUCUGUUGGGUGCAAUAUUGAUGUACACCAGCGUAUGAAAUAAAACAUUCUUUCUUUUC